GUAGUCUUCUGCACACCAUUUCAGCCCUGUCAGGGAACUGCGGACGCGACCCUGACAGGAUACCGUUGUUACCUGCAUGACAUUUGUACCCUGCAGAAUGCAUAAUUAUCUUGCAGGAGAAAAUAACAUUCCUGGUAUCCCGUCUAGACGGGAACCCAUCCCGUCUAGACGGGAACCCAUCCCGUCUAGACGGGAACCCAUCCCGUCUAGACGGGAACCCAUCCCGUCUAGACGGGAACCCAUCCCGUCUAGACGGGAACCCAUCCCGUCUAGACGGGAAACGCGAACCCAUGCGUGCCCACCCAUUCGCCGCAACCAGAGUGAUUCCUAAACAUAGCUUCUAGCCACAAGCAUGUCGGGCUCCCCGGGGGGUCGGACCGGAGCCAGGAGUGGGGAAGGCCCGGCGGGUGACUGCUCUCUGUACACGGCACGCGCCGUGUCCGAUGUACAGUGCCGGCCUUGGCCCUGUGUAGCCCAGACUCCAAGGCGAUGCGCUGAGUGCGUUAUUCAUAUGCAUAUAAGCACGACCGCGGCAGCUGCCCCUGGAAAACAGCAACACCCGAGGUGCUGUGCUCCAUUUUAUGGUCACCCUGGAAUUGCCAAACCCGCUCGCUCGCUUGCAACAUAAUGGGGCAACGCCGGCGCUUCCGUGCGGGCAAGGCUAACAUAAUGGCCCUGCGCUUUCGGGCGCUGCGCUGGUGCCUUGUGCACGAGGAAAAGAGGCACAUGCAGCAAGGAGCGGAGGGAGAUGCGCCUGGCCGUCGUGAAGCAGUGGGCUACUCUUCCCCACGUGCUGCUGGGUGCCCCGACAACACCAAGGGAACGGAGGACGGCGUGUGCGGCCCCAGCGCUCGUAUCUUGCACCUGGAGCCCUGCUGCACAGCCAACGGUGUGGUGCUUGACGGCAACGGCCUGGUGGAGAGCAUCGUCUACGAGGACAAGGCGGCUGCGAAGCCCCUGCCGGAGGUAACCGAUAGCAACGGUAUCGGCAGGGCCUUGUGUUCGGCUGACCUGGACCCCCAGCCCACCGACCGAUUGAGGGUGUUCGACGAGAUAAAGCGCCUGUCGGGCGACGCCAUCAAGCUGUACGCUAGCAUUGCCGGCCUGAGGGUGACGGCCGGCAACGAUAUGUGUCGGCCGCGCAAGCCGGUUGAGACGCCGGCGCAAGCGUACGCGACCAUCGCGCGCGAGUCGCCGGUGUGGUGGGCUGACCUCGAGCGCCAGCUGCCGUGGCGGAUGCUGGACCUGACUGGGCAGCACGCUGUCGUUCGCGCGACAAAGGCGGUGGGCAGCACCGCAGAGGCCGCGUACCAGUCGCAGAGCAAGUUUAUGCUGGGUUCUGACACGGCGCCGAUGCUGGCUGAGCGCGCCAUUGCGAAGCUGUGAAGGCAGUCUGAGACACGGCCGUGAGGGUCGCUCCGUGGAUUGAGAAGUACAGGUAAGCCGCUGAUCAGGGUCACUGCUCACCGGCGAGCUCCUGCAUCGUCCAUAUCACCGGAUCGCUAACUAGUUUAGCGAUUUGAAUCGUCCUUACGGCAGAAGGGACCCGGGUACAAAUCCGGAUGAAAGCCCAAUUAUGCAAAAGGCGAAAGAUUGGUGCGAAACCGAUUGGUGAUCCCACGAAUGAAAAAGGUCGUGGUGCAGAAGUCCGAAUUAGAGGCGUCCAAGGUGCGGUCCAAGGUCCAAGAUCCAAGGUCGAAGCAGGAGCGCCAUGGCUCUGGCAUGUUGCAAUUAACUGGCAGUGCUCCGCAGCUUUAGUGCGGCGUUCCCUAGCGACAUAGGGUGAUGGCUAGGAUAGGGCGGCUCGGAUUGGCUAGGAUAAGGUGGCUCGGAUGUGCUAGGAUGAUGGUGGCUAGGAUGCGGUGGUGCAGACCGUAGAGUUGGCUUGGCAGUGCUGGGGUUGCACUCGCAAGCGAUUCUCCGAUAAUCUCACGCUAGGAGCUUAGGCCCAGUGUUACCUUUCUUUCUUUCUUUCUUUCUUUCUUUCUUUCCUGCAUCGUCCAUGUACUGCGGGGCUGAUGUCGGAUGGCACGGGCAUGCUCCCCUAGUCCCGGUCCUACCCAUGCCAACAGGCAGGAGUUCUUCACGGACCUAGGGCGGGAGGCGAUGUACGAGGGCACCGCUACCAACCUGCUCAGCAUGACGAGCAACUGCUGCACGUCCCUGCACGUGGACCACCCAGACGGUGAGCCAUGCGAGAGCGGCGUCGCAGGCAGGCACGUGGUGUUGGGGUCUAUAGCAGCUGUUCUGAGCAGCUGGGCCUGAAGUGUAACAACCAACUGCUGUGUAGGUCCCUUUAGCAUCAUCCACGCCGGGACUGGCAAGCUGGAGGGCGGCCAUUUCUGCAUGCCAGGGUUUGGACUCAAGGUACGUGGGUACUGACGCUACGUACGUACAUGGUUCAACACCUGCUGGCAGCCGCUAAGCGCAUGCUGUGCAAUUGCUGUCCAGGUCCUGCCCACUGACCUCACCAUCGUGGUCCUGAAGCGGACGACCUGGACGCCAGGACCGGCGUGGCGGCGGGCCCUCUGCAAACGGGUGUGUUUGCGGAGUUUGGCACGCCGCCUGCCAGGUUCGGAUACUCGCACUUUGUGCGGAUGCCUGCGCUAGACCGUGUCGCCCAAAUGGUCAAGGCGAUGGGCGGCCUGGGGGAGGUGACCAGGCAGCAAGUCGGGGGGCUGCGGAUGAUCCAGGAGGCACAGGAGUCCGGCAGCAACACUGCUGCCAAAAAGGCCGUACAUGCGCUGAAAGAUAUGGUGCAGGGCCUAGGGGCUACUGAAGUACGCGGGGGUAGCAUGGCAUCGGUUGUUAGGUGGAGCAAGGAGGAUCCCUGGUACGAGGCAGUGUGCAAGUACCUGGGCUGGAGUACCGAGGGGCAGCAGGUGCAGGAACCGGCGGUGGGCAAACGCCGCAAAGGGGACUAGACUGCGGGAGACUUAGUAUGUGACGCGGGUGCGAGGGAGUGCUCGAGGUAGUGCCUGCCGCCAGAGGGCUUCUAGUAGCGCCCAGCGGCAUGUGCGGUGGCGGCAUGCGUGCACAAGCUUAGAAGCGCAAUAGCCAGGCGUACAUACGUAGUGGAUCGGGGCUCCUGCGUAUGCUGCUGUCUACUUGGUUGGAAAGGGAAGACGUUGUUUGACUACUGUGUAUGUGAUGCUACGAUUGGGACUGCGGGUUGAGGUGUGCGUGUUGCUGGUCAUGAAGUUGCCAGGCUAUGGUUGCUGGCGGGGGAUUAGUAGGGAAACGAAAGGCGGAAGCCAGCGUGUUGGACAGACCUGGACUAAGCUACAUAGGCUGGGCACUUGCAGCACGCCCGCCGGCCUGACUGCGUGCCAGCUUACUGAUUAUGCUGGUGGCCAAUGAAGAGCGCGAGUGAGCUGCUGGUUUGUUUGACUUGUGGCGAUGGCAAUGCACCACCAGCGUCAAGUCGUUUGCCCGGACUUCCAGCCAGCCAGCAACUCGUCGGUACAGUAACUCCGGCGUUCGACCAGCCGCGCACUCUUGCCCUGCCGCUGCCAAUUGUUUGCCAUUUGUUGGGUAUGGGAAUCAGCUGCACCCUACAGGACUUUGCCAAUUUGCCUUACCACUGUCCCAUCACACACCAGCGUCAAGUCGUUUGCCCGGUAAGAUGAUGUUGACUCCGCCUUUCUACCGCGUUAAUGACGAGUGUUGUGGAAACGAAUGCGUACGUAGACCAGAGCGGAUGGCGGAGUGGGCUUGCAGGCGGCACGAGAGUAGGCAGUGCGCGUGCGUGUCUGCCAGGGGUGGAAGAGCUGACUGCUGCGAGUCAGACACUCAAACAGGAUGGCAUCGCUUGCAUUCCUCAAGCGGGGGAGACCAAAGCAGCAGAGAGGUGUGGGGCAACCGGACAAGUGACUGUGCAGGAUGCAUGUGGGCGUUGCUGGGGCAGGUCCAGGUCUGGGCGGGGUCCCGUGCACGGUGCGUCCCCACCCAUUCGCCGCAACCAGAGUGACUCCUAAACAUAGCUUCUA